AUGAAUUGUACACGACCUGAUAUAGCUUAUGCUAUAGGUAAACUGAGUCGACACACAAGUAAUCCUAACCAAACUCAUUGGAUGGCAAUGAAACAAGUGUUGGGAUAUUUGGAAUAUACCCAAGAUUAUGCUUUACACUAUAACAAAUAUCUAGCGGUAAUUGAGGGAUAUAGUGAUGCAAAUUGGAUCACCGGUUCAACAAAAACUAAAUCCACUAGUGGAUAUGUUUUUACCAUUGGUGGAGGAGCAGUAUCAUGGAAGUCGUCUAAGCAAACAUGCAUUGCCCGCUCUACCAUGGAGUCUGAAUUCAUAGCUUUGGACAAAACCGGUGAAAAAGCGGAACGGCUCUAG